AUGUCUAUUUGCACCUCCUUCAAUUCCAACGGCCUCGCGCUCCAUUCUUCAAUAACCCACAGCUUCAACAGGGUUUUCACGUCUCAAUUGAUCAAUAAAACCUCAACCCCAUACGCAAUUCCUUUCCCUUUUCUCCAUUCAUCCGAACCCUUGAAAUCCCGUGUAAAAAGAUUCAAACUUGUUGCAGCCUCAGCCGCCCCUGAAAACCCCCAAAUCUCGUACAGAAGCAAAAACCCUAAAGACAUCAACGUUUUGGUGGUGGGCUCCACCGGCUACAUCGGGAAAUUCGUGGUGAAAGAGCUGGUCAAGAGAGGGUUCAACGUGACAGCCAUUGCGAGAGAAAAAAGCGGCGUACGCGGUAAGAACAGCAGCGCGGAGACUGUCGGACUGUUAAACGGAGCAAAUGUCUGCUUUUCGGAUGUCACCAAUUUAGAGUCUUUAGAGAAUAGCAUCCGAAGCCUCGGAACGUCCAUUGAUGUUGUCGUGUCCUGUCUCGCUAGUAGGAGUGGGGGCAUAAAGGACUCGUGGCUGAUCGAUUACGAGGCCACGAGAAACAGCCUUCUCGCCGGCCGGAAAUUCGGGGCCUCGCAUUUCGUAUUGUUAUCCGCCAUUUGCGUCCAAAAGCCCCUCCUCGAAUUUCAACGCGCCAAGUUGAAAUUCGAGGCCGAGCUUAUUCGGGAGGCAGAAAAAAGUAAAGGGCUUUUCAGUUAUAGCAUUGUUAGGCCCACCGCGUUUUUCAAGAGCCUAGCUGGUCAGGUGGAGCUUGUAAAAGAUGGAAAGCCUUAUGUCAUGUUUGGAGAUGGGAGACUGGUGUAA